AUGACAAAUGGUGGCGUUCAAGGACCUAUGGAGAGUUACAAUUCACUGGAGGAGCAUUUGCAYGCAUUGAGCACAACACAAUAUCCACCCACCACGGUUGGCUACGUACAUCCGAAGUGGAUUGAGCCGUACUUUGAUCCGUCGACGCCGCGCAAUGUCACCGCAUUAAUGGGCAAAUCGGCGUAUUUGAGUUGCCGCGUACGCAAUUUGGGCAACAAAACGGUCUCAUGGAUACGCCAUCGUGACAUACACAUACUCACCGUGGGCGCGUACACGUACACGUCAGAUCAGCGUUUCCAGGCGACACAUCAUCAGGACAGCGACGACUGGACGCUGCAAAUAAAAUGGGCGCAGAAACGCGACGCUGGCAUGUACGAGUGCCAAAUAUCAACGCAGCCGGUGCGCAGCUACUUUGUGCGGCUCAACGUUGUGGUGCCAACAGCGACCAUCCUUGGCGGACCCGACCUUCAUGUCGACAAAGGCAGCACCAUAAAUCUUACAUGCACAGUGAAAUUCAGCCCAGAGCCGCCGGCCUACAUUUUCUGGUAUCAUCACGAGGAGGUCAUCAAUUAUGAUUCGUCACGUGGCGGCGUUUCGGUAAUUACCGAGAAAGGCGAUGUGACUACGUCAUUUCUGCUCAUACAAAAUGCCGACUUGGCCGAUUCGGGGAAAUAUUCCUGUGCACCAUCAAAUGCCGAUGUGGCCAGCGUACGCGUUCACGUACUAAACGGUAAGUACUCACUAAAUAUUUUACAAGCAUACAAAUCGAUACCUAUGAAAUAA